UGGUGGCAACGACCGCUUUACGGCAGGGAGCAACCAUCCACAUGGCCUUUAACCAGGCAGCAGCCGGAGUGUUUGUCGGAGCACAGGAGCAGCAGUCACCGUACAUGCCGCAGUUGGCACUUUAACAGGAGCUGAAAUGGGUAAAAGUAAAACCACGAAGUUUAAAAGGCCGCAGUUCAACAGUGUCGGGCUGCCGGUGAAUGCUGUGAAAGAAGAAGAGGAGGGGGAGGAAGAGCACGAUGAUGAUAGCUGCCCAGCUGCGGAGCUGCUGGAGAAAUUGCAGAGUCCCAGUGCAGAUGUGCGAGAGUUUGCAUGUGCCAGUAUUUCUCGGGUCGUGCAGCAGAGUCAGACCAUCUCAGGUUUCCUCCAGAGGGAUGCUGUGAGGCGCCUCGGGCCAAUGCUGCUGGACAGCAGCCUGGCUGUCAGGGAGACUGCCACUGGAGCGCUCAGGAAUCUGAGUGCAUGCGGAGGUCAGGAGGUGUGUGAGGACAUGGUGAAGCACGACGUCAUGACUCCUCUGACAGCACUGCUUAGAGAGUGCUGUGCUGGUUUUGAGAGCGCCGCUGAGCCGAUGAAAGAGCAGAAGAAUGCAGUGGAGGAUGUAGCCAAUGAGGCUGUGAACCUACUGUGGAAUCUAUGUGAGAGCAGUAGCCAAGCGCUGUCUAUGUUCAACAAAGCAGGUCUCCUGGAUGUUGUCAUCCAGUGUCUGGAGAGACACCCACAGAACGUGGAACUGGCCAUAUCUGCAGCACACUGUUUGCACACUGUGACUGAGGAUAACGCUGAGCUGCUGUGUAGCUUGAACACUGCUGUUCUCAAAGUCCUGGAGAAUGUGCUGCUGUCAUCUCAGCCCAGCAUGGCACACACUCUCCUCAGGACACUGGCUGCAGGGACACUGUGGAACAUGAAGGCCAGUCUGCCUGCUGCCCAUCAGGCCCAGACCCUCAACGCUGUGGUGGCCACCCUGUCACGGUGCCUGGAUCUGGACACGGGUACGCUGAUACCUGAACUCAGACAAGCGGAAGUGAUACGACACAGAAACACACCAGCUGCGUCUGACACAGAAGAGCAAGCUCCAGUAGUUGUGGAGGAGAUGGACGGAGAGGAGGAGGAGGAGGAAGAGGAAGGACCUAAACACAGGAAGAAUGGAAAAGCUGUGAGGGCUGAUAACGACUUCUCUGACCUCUUGCCUAGGGGCAAGGAGGAGCUGAGGGAGGCGACGGCCUUGCUGACAGCCCAGCAAACGUCCUUAGAGAUCAUCGUCAACAUGUGCUGCUCUGACGAUCCUUCUGACGACGAGUGGGAGGAAGAGUCGAGCAGUGAUGAAAGUGACAUGGGUCCAGACGGCCUCUGUGAUGGAGUAUCCAAUCUUAUGUCUCCGCUGUGUUUGUCAGCUGAGGUUCACGGGGCCUUAAUCAGCCACAGCAUCCCUGAAAAGGUCCUGAAAAAGACUGAGUUCCCCAGAAAGGAAGCCAUGGACGUAUGCCAUCAGAAUGCUUCCUGGAGAAGCUUGACAAAAAAAAUGCAGCGUGUGCAGUCCCGAGCGCUGACGUGUCUCCAUAGCAUCCUCUCCACCAUGGAUGCCGAGUCUCUGGGAGGACCGGCAGCCCUGCAGGGAGCAGCACAGCACCUGUCCACCCUGGUGUUUGGUGCAGGAGAAAUACCCAAAGAUGAGGAAUUCCUAGAGGCCGUCAUCAGCGCCAUGCGGUCUCUUUUACAGAUGAUUGCCUCCAAAAAUAUUCCCCAGUGUAUGACCCCCCAGCAGCUGAUGAGCCUGAGCGAAGCAGCCACCCGCUGUGAAGUUGUCAGUGUGAGGGUCAAUGCUGUCGCCAUUCUGGGCAUCACUGGCAGCACAUUAGCCAAAGAGAAGGGCACUGCUGAAACCCUUCAGAUGAUUGGAAACGCUUUACUUCAAGUGGCCACAAGGGAUGCCGACCUGGUUGUAAAUGGAGAGGCCCUCGAUGCCCUGUUUGAUGUUUUUGCAGAUGGAGACGAGGCAGAGACAGCUGCUAAAAACAUCCACUUACUACCUGCACUGAAGGCACUUCAGCCUGUCUUCAAGGCCAAGAUUCGUAAAGAAGGAAGAGGCAAGUACAGCCCUCAGCAGCUUUGUGUGCUCGACAACAUCAAAGUCAACCUGAGGCGAUUCAUUGGUUAUCUGGAGAAGGUGGUGAAAAAAUGACUUUCAGUGAACUUGUAUGGGUUGGACAGAUUUGCUGCCAGAAGCAUGAAUAUGGUUGUAACACCAUCAAGUAUUUAUUAUGUUUGUAGGAAACAAUUUGUUUUGCUUGGUUUAAAUGUUAAUAUCCUCUAAAUAAGGAUUUACUAUUUUACUUAGGGGUGUGAAAGUUUAUUUGUUGUGAAAAAAGAUGGGGUGAAAUCUAACAAGAGUUACUGCAAGUUUCAGUAACGUAAAGUUUUUUUUUUUUUGCUCCCUCAGUUGAUGUAUCAACCCAAAGUGGUUGUCAGACUUGAUUUUGUAUAUUUUCAGGUCCCGCAGUAACAUUUGUAAGUGAUCGGAUGUGGCGAGCUGACACCAGGUCACAUGUACCUUUAAUUCUGUCACAUUUCAUUUCAAGAAGCCGAUCUAUUGGAAAAUCACACACCUGUUUGUAGCAUCACUAAGAUUUUUUUUGUUUCAGAUAUUGUGAAAUAGACUCAUAAUUUUAUUGAGACAGAAAUUGGCUUCCUGAACAGAAAGGGAUAGAUGCACUCACUGCCAACUUUGUGACAACAUUAACAUUUAUUAAGACAGAUGAUUUAACCUUUAGAAAUAUGCACGUUCUCUACCUCUGCCUCUGCUUCCAUUUAGUGCCCACUGUGAGGCCCCACACUCAUGCAUGCAGUGAGCAUUGGUACAUACAUGAACUUUUCUGCCUGCAAGUCACCACAGCAGCCAACUUUCUCCUGAAAGCAUUCUUGUCGGUAAUGUUAUAAAGUAAUUAUACUGAAAAUAGAUCGGGUGCCAUCUGAUCCAUAGUUCAUCAUGCUUUGAGUAACUGUCAGAGGCCAAGCAUUAGCUUUCAUCGAUGCAAUAAAUAGUAAAACAAAAAAAUGUAAUGCUGACUUGCAGCAACAAAUGGCAUUUACCUAAAUGUCAAAAUGAGAAUCAGACACAGAUUCCCUGUAAAUGUAAAUAAAACGGCAUAUCAUUAAUAAUAAAAAAGACACUUUCACGUGAAGUUGAGGGGAAAUGUCAUCAGAAUAUAAAUAAAUACCUUUUUUGAAAUAAAUCCUGAUUUCUUAAACA